GUGAAAGAAGCAGCCGCGGCGACAGACUGUGGGCUAAGUUUGUCCGCCCUGGCUUCCCAUCACGAGUCGACGGGGCUUUGUUUCAUUGAUGAACAACAACUGUCGGUUUCGCUUAAAAAAUUCACACCAAAAGUACAGGCGUUAGAAACGGUCAAGCACGCUGUCUUGUCGUGACAUUUUUUUGGAUAAUUUGUAGAGACACGGCAAAAAGAGGAAGGGAAGGGAGGGAGUGGGAAAGUGCGGACGACUCUAAAGUUGACACUCUGCUGUCAUUUUUGGUACUUGUUGAAUAGGCUGUUGUCGUGUGUACAUAACACAACACUUGAGCGUGUGUGGGCAGCCUGCUGGGAACAGAUCACAAGUUCCAGAAAUCCCUCUCUGGUGUCAGGGUCUUCUGUAUCACCAUGAGUCAGUGACAGCACAGGGACAGUGAUGGCAGAGCUGGAGAUCGACCAGUCCAACCUUCCACGUGUCCAAGAAGUGUGCCAGUGUUUUGCUGUGCUGGAGGAUGGAGCUUUGGCACAUAACCUGCAGGAGCAGGAGAUCGAGCAAUACUAUACCACCAACAUCCAGAAGAACCAGCUGGUGCAGAAUGACAUCCGUGUAGCCAAAAGGCUGCAGGAUGAGGAGGACGAGCAGCGGGCCCAGCAGAGCGCCAUCUUCAGGCAGACUUCCAGACAACUAGAGGAGCAAGACUUUGAGUACGCCCGUGUCAUUCAGGAUGAGAUCCAGCGGUGUGCUGAGGAGGCCCAGAGGAGGGAGCAGGAUGAUGAGGAAAUAGCUAAACGAAUGCAGGAAGAGGAAGAGCAGAGCAUCAGGAGGAGGAGCAGAGGGCAGGAGGGCCACAGUGAAGGCAGCCACAGCGAUCCUGCACUGCCUUCCCCACACCAGCACACACACCAAGGAGUGGAGCAGUACUCGCCUACCACCACCAGGUGGCAAUAUUCUACCUCUCACAACCAUUCACACUCAACUAGGUCUUGGGCUGUCUCCCCCAGGGGACUAGCAGCUCAGAAAAACAAAACUUCAUGGUCAAAUCAAGGACACACGGAUUCCAUUAGGCAAAUCAGGAGUGAGUUGAGAGAGCCUUUGAGUGAGGAUUCAGAGGAGUCAGACACAGAUUUCUCUGAACAACUCUCUGUCUGGUCCAAGAGACUGAAUGAAAGACUCAACACAGAACCUACUCAACGGCGGGCCUCUUUACAUCACUCGCAAGAGAGAAACUACAGAAGUCUUUGCUCUCGCAGCAGCUUCACAGAUGAGCUCAGAAGCUGGGAGGAGGAGAGAGGAGAGUGGGACGAGGACUGUUAUGACAAUGGUGAACAGGAGAAGAGGAGGCCUAGGAAUCAGGAUCAGGGAAGGAACCACAGAGAGGAGUAUGAGGGUUUGCACAGGAGCAGAGAUCAGGAUAGAGACUCUAGAUUGGUCGAGGUGAGAGAAAGGCGAUGUCAGCGCAGUGAAUCUGCCAGGCUACAUGACAGGAGUAGCAACAGAGACUUGGCAAGGACCUGGAGCUAUAAGGACAACCCUGACAAACGUGUCCACUUUCAGGACGAUAGCAGAAGCUUUAACAGGCAGCAGGAUGAAAGCAGCCAAGUGUGGGAGAUGCUAGGCCAGGUCCUCAGAGAGAGGGGUGUGCCUGUGAGGUUUGGUGGCAAUGGGGCGCCACUACAAAUAAGGCCUCAAAGCAGAGACAGCCAGGUGCUUCAUGGGAGUGAGGUCUCCUGCUGCGACUCCCAACCACAUCAGAGAGCUUUCCAGAGAGCUGCCACCAGCAGGCACAGUUUCCAUGGAGAUAUCAGGGAGAGGAGGAGAUCGUCAUACCGAGAGAACAGUGGGAGAGAUCACAGAGAAGACCGAGACAGGCACCAUGAUAAUAUGGAGCAUGCCGGAGAGGUAUUUGAGAUUAGUAGUAGAGACUCAUAUCUUGCUAACAGAGAAAGGCGAGGCAGUAGAAGGUGGAGAGAACCCAGAUACACUAAUGAUGACGAGAGGGAGAGGAAUGCAUAUGACUACAGGGUCAAGAGGACAACAAGCGAACGUAGACAUGGGCACAACACCCUUGAACAAAGGUUAAGCUCAGAGGAGGAGCAGGAGGUGGAGAGGAGGGUCGGGUGGCCCCCUCGAAGAACCCUACAGCGUAGCCAAAGCCUCAGCAGCAGCGGGGCUUCAACCAGGGAUAGGUCAAGGCCCAUGGCAGCAGGAGUGGCACUACAACCAGAACAGGGUGAAGCAAGCCUGGACCUUGGGGAGUUGCAUCAGGUCCUACGAGAUGAAGAACUAGCUCGCAAGCUGCAGGAUGAAGAGGAAAAGCUGGUCAGGAGGAGCUCCCAACCCUCUCCAUGUAGUUCUUACCCAGAGGGAGACUUCAGAGUGGCGCAGGUGGCGCAGGAUGAGGAAAUUGCACGUUUUAUUCAGAAGCAGGAAAUUAAAUCAAAGCGAAGAUCUCGUGAGCUGGAGGGGCCGGCGUCGUGGCGCGAGCACAGAGCAAUGAUCAGUCACCAUGACAGACGAGCUGCAAGAGAGAGACAGUCUCCUUUGCCUCAGGUGCAGCGAGAGAGACUUGACUCAGAGGGCCUUCCUUCCCCCACUGAGGACUGCUCCCCAGAGAACCAGCCACCCAGUCCCACCUAUACUUUACCACAAACCCAGCAGAUCAGAAACAUUGCAGAGGAGCUGGACCCGACCUUCCAGGCCCGGAGGCAAGACACAGACAGCCUUCGAGUGGGACAAACAGGUCCAGCCUGUCAGUCGCUUCCCCUGCCGCAUUCUGGUUUACAUGACUUCCUUGAGGAGCCUACUUUCAUCCCACCCACAAAGCGGCAAACAGAAAAAUCUGGACGCACUAAACCAAAAGAGAAGAAGGAAAAUUGCAAGCAACAAUAAUGUCCAGCACAGUGUCCUGUUGGAGUGCAACUUUAUAUCUUGUAACACUAAAUAUCAGUUCAGUUACAGAGUUCUCAUUACUUAUUACUUUAAGUUCUGCCCCCAUAAGCACUUUAAACCAGUGGAACAAAGAGAAAGAGCUGAGAGAAGUGACAUUUUAGAAUAUUAAGUGAAUAAUGAAAACACUUUGAACUCAUGCAUUUUAUAAUUUUCAAAGGGAAAACUGAGGUUUAUUGAGGUAUUGCUUGUGUUGAGUGUUUAAUUUAAACAGUAUACAUUUUUUUAUUGUUAAGAUGAGUUUUAUUUGUUUUUAUUUAGCUAAUCAUUAUUUUGUCAGUAUCCAAAAAGUCAUGUUUGUUUUAGACCUGCAGGUAUUUCUGUAGAAUUUUGUGGGGUUUUUUCCUUUUAUAUUGUACUGAAGAUUUAUCUCUACAGCUGAUUUACUGAAAGGAAAUAACCAUGGUCAAAUGAUUGGUUACUUCCUUAGUAUCAUUUUAGAAUUGCCUAAAUGCAGUGUGAUGUCUUGGGGGAUUUUUUGGUAGGCACCGUGAGCUGUACACUAUUUAGGACAUGGUAAUAACUCAUCCAUAGCUCCUGACAAAACCAACAAUUGACUACCAAGAAGAGAAAACAAGAAGUUACUGCAAUAACCUUUGAACCUGAGAGCUGUUGUUAUCAGCAAAGCUAUGUUAAGACAUCCACAGUUGGUUUGUUGGCCAACUUUGUUUCAAAGCAGUUUGGCCAGACUGUAGUCCUGUUUACAGUAGCACAGUGACAAUCAAAUUAACGUAUUUAAUUCUUAUUUAAAUGGAUAUCACAUUUGCUAGAAAAAUACAUUACAGCUGUCAUAAUUUUAUGUCAAAGUGCUUUGUAAUAUCCAAAUGUAAAUAUAUCCAACUCAUGAGCAUGGAUAAUUUUGGAGCUUUCAACUGAAUUUCAAAGAUUCAAAAACUUUACAAGUGCAUCUUUAACCUUUGAUUAUUUGGUACAACGUCCAACUCAUGUUUUUGUAUAUUUUUGUCUGUGGGUUUUUAUCAGUCCAGAGCCAAUUAACAUUAUUGGUGGCACAGGAAACCUGCUCUAACAACAAGGAUAUGAUUUUACACACAUAUAACCAUUCUGUAGUCUGUUUUUUGUUUGUUUGUUUUUGUAUGUUCAUAUUAUUCCCACGUUUAAAACAUGCUUUGUUUUCUACAUAUGAAAUAUGCCACUGCUUAGGUGGACCAAUAUGAAUGCAAAUGUUAUGUAUAAAAGUGCAACAAAUAAAAAAAUAUUUUUA